UAUUAGGAUUUUGAUUUAGCUGACGGGUAUAACAGAUCAGAAGCUUGUAUUGUUUUGUAUCUUCAAAAAGCUUCUGAAGCCAAACGUUCAUACGGAACAUUGUUGAAUGUAAAAUCAAUGCAGUUUGGUAAUCAUGAUGGGACACUAACCGAGCAUGAUGGAAAUCACUUUAAAUCAUUGCUAUUAGAUUCUUAUAAAGAAGCUGACAUAGAUCCGGCUACAGUAGAUUUCAUAGAAGCUUACGGAUCGGGAAUUAAGAAUGAAGAUGCUAUGGAAUUAAAUAUCAUGGAAGAAGUGUUUUGUACUGAAAAUAGAAGGACACCUUUAAAAGUGGGUUCCGUGAAAAGUAACGUAGGUCACUGUGAAGUGUCUAGUCUCUUUAUGUCAAUUGUAAAAGCCAUCAUUACGCUGGAAAGUGGAUACAUACCACCUAACAUAAAUUACACAGGACCAAAUAAUAAUGUAGCAGCGUUAAAGAAUGGAAAAAUUCAAGUAAGUGUAAUACAAUUAGUUUUACUAUAAUUUUUA